AUGAAGUUUGCACGAUAUUUGGAAGAUACCCAGAUUCCUGAAUGGAAGAAGGCAUACAUUGACUAUCGAGGGCUGAAGAAACGCAUCACUGCCAUCCGCCGCGCUCAAACCGCGGUACAACCUCCUUGCGGUGGUACAUCAACAACUGGAGCAACGCCAAUUAUAGAGCCAACUGAAAGCCACGACGCAGAGAAUCCCCUGGGGCCGAGUGUCUUACCCCCUCCAAUACUUUCUCCCAGUCAUACUCAGUCGUCGCACUCCACAGAUCACACAGCGUAUGAUCCUGAGACGGAAUUCGCAGCGGAAGAUGAGCCCCACAACCUUCUUGGCCAACAAGUACCAGAGGUUCCAGCACGGCCACCACUCAGCCGCUCAGCUUCAAGCUCUGGGACUGGUGUACACCCCGCUGCUACCCUGCGCCGUCGUAACACAGCAUUUUCCAUCCUGGCGCGUGGCGCGUCGGAAACUUUCAACAUGUCACAUCUCUCCGAUCUCCCUAGUUCACUCAAAUGGGAUCCUACGACGCCUCCUCCGCUUAUGGAGCUCCUUCCACGAUUGGCGCCUGCUCAUCGCGCCUAUUUUGACGCGCUGGAUGCGGAGCUUGACAAGGUUGAGAGUUUCUACUGCGAGCGUGAACAAGAACUGAAAGACAGGACCGCUGAACUGAAAAAGCAGUUACAGGAACUCAAAGACCACAGACGUCUCUUCUACGAGGCUCAUCCACUCACCUCGUCCCAACCUGCUUGGUUCGCAGUUCCCUUUACCCGCCUGCGCCGACGAGUGCCGAAGUUCUUACCCCACGCGGAGCCACACCCUGACAUACAGUCAGUCUUACCCUCUUCACUGAAACAGCGCAGAAGAUCUCCUGCUGCCAAGGCUUCCGUAGACGCCGGCGGAGGCGCGGGCGACAAAGACACGGAGGUACAUCCAGAGGAUGAAGGCGCAUCUCACAAAAAUGGCGUGAACUUCCAGCUGGAGAAUAACCAGGCUCUUAAGGAGCAAACCAAGGAUGUCGAGAUUGAGAAUGCCGGUCGUUCCGCUUCUGUCAGCCUGUCACAGACGCACGCAGACAGCGAAGACGGCGACCACUACAACCACUCUCAUCUCCAUAUGCAUCCGCAUGUCCGUCGUGACAGCAGACAGCUCCAGCCCGCACGCGCCAAAGGUGGCCCCUCAGGCCGUCGACUCAAUCCAGAAGAAUACCAGAAUGCAAAGAAGAAACUCAAGAGGGCAGUGCUAGAAUGUUACCGUGGCUUGGAAAUCUUGAAUAAUUACAGGACACUGAACCUUAUUGGGUUCCGCAAAGCUCUGAAAAAAUUCGAGAAGGUGACCAAGAUUCCAGUGCAACAUGCAUAUUUAACCGAGAAGAUAGAACCUAGCGCCUUUGCAUCAGGCGCAACUGUGGAGGGAAUGAUCCGUGAAAUGGAGGAUCUCUUCGCGGCUCGUUUUGCGCGGGGAGACAGGAAGAAGGCGAUGGAUCGGUUACGGGGCUGGCAGCGUCAGAGCCAUCAUUUCAGCUCGUUUAAGACGGGCUUGAUGCUGGGCCUCGCUCUUCCAGCGUUCGUGGAUGGCGUGUAUCAAAGCUUCCAGGAUGACACGCGUGCGGCGUUGCCCACUUGGAACGGCUUGCUGUAUGUAUAUGCUGUAUUCUUCAUCCCGAUCUUGCUCUCUGUCCUAGUUGGCGUGAAUCUUCUGGCUUGGUCCAGCGCACGCAUUAAAUAUGUCUUCAUAUUCGAACUGGAUGUGCGUACGUGUCUCGACCAGCGUGAAUAUUUCGAGGUGCCUUCCAUCCUUCUGUCUACUCUCUGUUAUGCCUUCUGGCUUUCUUUCAACCGCAUUGGGGCGCAUUCCGUCUCACCAACCACGUGGCCGCUUAUAUGGCUUGCCUGGGCAGUGGGGAUAAUGCUCAAUCCGCUUCCCAUUCUGUACAAAUGGUCGCGAUGGUGGUUCAUCAAAAUGCUCUAUAGAUUGGCGACGCCUGGAAUUCGUCGGGUAGAGUUCACGGACUUCUGGAUGGGUGAUCAAUUCUGCAGUCUUGUCUUUACUUUGACAAACAUGUUCUAUGUCGGGUGCGCUUAUAAGCGAGGAUUGGAUAAUUGGCAGCAGUGCACAGAGGGGAGAUACUGGGGACCAGAGUUUGCCCUUGCAUGCAUUCCUUUCCUAAUACGUGUCAUUCAGAGCAUCAAGCGGUGGGUAGACUCUCGCUUGAUCACCCAUCUCAUCAAUGCGGGAAAGUACGCUGCUGGAUUGCUCAUGUAUCUCUGUUAUUACCUCUGGAGGCAGCACGGUGGAGGUCGUGGUGUCCACUUUGUGGUGUGGUGUAUCUUCGCUACUAACUAUUCUCUAUAUGCUUCAUCAUGGGAUAUACUGAUGGACUGGUCCUUAUUGCAGCCGCACGCAAAAUACCCUCUGCUUCGAUCCGAGCUCUUGUAUCCUAGCUAUGUGCCGCUCUACUACAUGGCAAUCGUCACAAAUGUAUUGAUCAGGUUCAUAUGGGUAUUUUAUAUACCUGGAAGUGGGCCGAAUUACGUUUUAAGAACCUUUAUCGCGGGUUCAUUGGAGUCUUUCAGGAGAUGGCAGUGGAACUUCAAGAACGAACAUCUAGGGAAUGUGGAUCAAUAUCGCGUCACUAGAGAAGUCCCCCUCCCAUAUGCACUUGAGGAUAUGUCGCGCGAGUCGGACGAUGAGGAUGACAGGGAUAAUCACAGCAGAUCUAGGCGCCGACGAAAAACUCAAGACUCCUCGACGGAGCACAUGGAACAAGGCAGCGAGUCAUGA